AUGUCUGUUAUCCAAAAACACACCCACUCCUUACAAGAACUCAACCCGGAGAAGGAAAACUGGAAUAUCAUUGCAAGAGUGGUAAGGUUAUGGUUUGUUGAAGAUUGCACAAAAGGAAAAUCUCCAUUUUCCAUGGAAAUUGUUCUUCAAGACAAAGAGGGUGUCCUAAUCCAUGCAUCUGUUAGACGCACAUUGAUAUACAAAUUUCAGACUGAAAUCAAAGAGGAUAAGGUUUACACCAUUCAAUCUUUUAGUGCUUCAUGUAGUGGUGGUUCUUAUAGAACUACAAAUCACGCCUAUAAGAUCAACUUCCAAUUUGGAACCAAGGUCAAUAUGGUUGAAAGUACCUUAGUUCCGAAAACUAGAACUACAUACACCCCUUUUUCAACCAUCAAAGCUACUGGUUUUGACACAGAUUACUUAGUUAAGAGAGAGCUAGAGAAAGGUGGUAAGAAGACCAAAAUGAAUGCCAUCCUUAUUGAAGCUGAUGGUUUGCGACUAGAGUGUACUUUAUUUGGUCAAUAUGUUGAUAUGUUAAAUGUAUUUUUAGCCUCCGGAGAGGAUCAACAUGUUGUCAUUGCUUUACAUUUUUGCAAAGUGAAGACCUUCCAAGAUAAAGUUUCUAUUCAAAACUGUACGAACUGUACGAAGAUAAUUUUUAACUGUGAUGGUGAAGAUGCAACGAAGUUGAAAAAAAUGUAUAAACUUAAACUUCGUGUAAUUGAUGCUACGAAUUCUACAAUUUUUGUUGUAUUUGAUCGUGAUGCAAGUGCAAUGUUGAAGAAAUCAUGCUCUGAUAUUCUUGACUUACAAGACAAGGAAUCGUUGAAUAAUAAAGCUGUAAUUGAUGUUGAAAUUGAUGAGUUAACCCGCAAAGAAUCAUCUCAUCUGGACAAUCUUGACUUGGCUACUCAACCACCUCUUCCAGCACUUAAAAGACAGAUUCGAUCUAUGGUUCAAAAAAAUAAGAAGAUUCCAGUGAAGAUGUUGAAGAAGAAUAUCAAGAAUGAAAAGUGA